GCCAGCGGGCGCCUCCGAGGGGCGCCUCACAAGAUGGCGGCGGCGGGAGCAGCGGCCGUUGCGGGAGGAGGAGGAGGAGGGGGAGCCCCCCUGGCGGCCCCCGCCGAGGCCCGCUUCUCCCUCGUGGUCGUCUUCGGCGCCGGCGGCGGACGAGGCGGGCUCCGCGCGGCGGUCCUGAGGGCCGUGCGAGACGGUGAGGGGGGAGCGGGGGAGGGGCCGGGAGGGGGGGGAGAUGUGGACCGCCUUUUUCCAUCGGAUAACUGGGUCUCCCUCCUGCUACGUAUCCGAACUUGUGUGUUUAGCAGGAUUUGUAUUUAUUUGUGUGUGUUUGUACGUUUGUUUUGUCUUCCGCCAAGUGUGUGUGUGGUCUCUUCCAACUCUAUGAUUCUAUGAUAUGUGGGUCUACGUAUAUAGGUAUAGUAUUCUACAAAUGCAUUUUCUGUCUCGGGAAGUACAUGCAUAUACAGGAAGCAAAGCAAUAUUGGAUCAUCAUAAUACCAGUGUGAUUCUCGCUCCUCUCAGCAUAACACGGACACUCGCUCAUUGGAAACGUUGUGACAUUAAGGGUUGUAUAUCUAAAGUUAGCCAUACAGGGAGAAGGAGGAAAAAGAGGAGGCCCGCCGGGAAGAAGGGAGGCGACUGACUUGGCCCAUUUGAGUAGGACUUAUAUGUUGGAUGCAACUUAGUGUUUUGUUAAGUAUUUAUUGAAUUUGUAUCCUGGCAUCUUAAUCUGACUGGCAGCUUCAGCUUUCUUAAGCAGGUCAGCAGAAAAACUUAUCUACUGCAUUGGUCUCCCACCUUUUUCUGCAAGGAGUGCAUGGUUCACCCCCUCCUCCAUUAAUCCCUACAACAACCCUCAAGGUAGGUGAAGAGGCUGAGACGGACCCAGGGUCCCCCAGGGAGCUUCAGGAUGGAGUGGGGAUUUGAACCCUGAUCUUCCAUUUUUGCCAUUGCAAAAAGAUGGUGCCUAGACAUUCUCUUGCGGCAACCACAACCUCUGUUUUAGGUGCCCUUUGGAGGUUAGUUUAUAUAUCUGAGUUUCUAACAUUGCUGGCUCACAGGAAUGUAGCAAGAGCUCUGUGGUAACUUCAGAGUGGUAAAGAGUGCUGCACCAGGACGUGGAGACCACAGUUCAAAUAUCUGUUCAGCCUGAAACGAUGACCUUGGCCCAGACACCCCGUCUCUCACCCUGGCCUGCCUCACAGGGUUGUUGUGUGGAUGAAAGGGGCAGGGCGAGAACUAUACCCAUUACCUUGCACUCCUUGGAGGGAGAAAGGGCUAGAUAUAGGAAGAUGGGGAGCUGAUUUCUAUGGAGUCAUACCCUUAGUCCACAUAAAUUAGUAUUACCUGCACUGACUGGCAGCAUUGGAUCUCCAGGGAUUCAGACAGGGAUCUUUCUCAUCCAUUCCUGCAGAUGCCGCUGGGGCUUGAAUGUGGGGCCUCCUGCUUCCAAGGCAGUCUCUCUGCUACUGAGCUCUGCCUUUAUAAACCUAAUGCAGAAGUCUACAAGCAAGAUAAGAUGAAAACAUAAAACAGAAGAGCAGCGGAAGGCCGUUCUAUUCAGAUUUUUAUUAUGUCUUGUGCAUAAGCUCUCCCUCUUUCUCUCUGUUUGAGAUGGAUUUUUAUUUGCUUACAAAACAACCUCCUCCUCCCCAAUUCACGUUAGGUAGCAAAGUUUUCCCAAGCAAGAGGCUUGCAGCAAUCAAAAAUGAAAUUAAUUGUAUACUCAUCAUAUGCUGUCAGAAUGUGGGAUUUGCUAGGCUAGACUGGCAAGUUGUGUGUGUUUUAGUUUUAAAAUUAAAAUACAGUGGUACCUCAGGUUAAGUAUUUAAUUCCUUCUGGGGGUCUCUUCUUAACCUGAAACUGUUGUUAACCUGAAGCACCACUUUAGCUAAUGGGGCCUCCUGCUGCCACCGCGCUGCCAGAGCACGAUUUCUGUUCUCAUCCUGAAGCAAAGUUCUUAACCCGAGGUACUAUUUCUGGGUUAGCGGAGUCUGUAACCUGAAGUGUAUGUAACCUGAAGUGUAUGUAACCCAAGGUACCACUGUAAUUUCAUGUAGGAAGGCAAUUGUCCAUCCAGGCUUAGCACAAUUUCCGUAUCAUCUUGUUGGUUUUUCAAGAGCCUUCUUCCAUAUUGCCCAUGUAAAAAAAUAAGGUUGUCCUCUUUUCACGCUUGAGAGUAGGUCCCUUCGGGAUUGGCGGAGCUUGCUUCCAAGUAAAAAUAAGAUGCGAGUGCGCAGCCACAUGUGAAUGUUACGUUGCUCCCUGUUGAUGCUUCUUCCAUUUUGAAAGCCUUUGAUUUGAGCACUCUCCAUUCAGGGCGCAUUCCAUGCAGCAAGGAGAACAUACAGAUGUUUGAGCAUGAGUUGUGCUUGGAUUUAAAUACCUCAGAGGGCUUUGUAGGAGCGUUAAAACCCAGAGAGAGAGAGAGCAGCUUUUGUCAGUCUUCUCUUUUUUUUUAAAAAAAGGGGUGUAUAUUUGGCUCCUAAGAAAUAGCACUUUGGGGGCUAAGAAGCUGUGUGUGUUUGCAAAGGGAGCAGGGCUGAUUGGUGGCUUGGUUGAGGGAGCCGGGAAGAGAGCAAAGGAGCGGGGGGCGAAAUGGGGAGAGGAACCUGAAGCAUGUGGGGUGGCUUGGUCUGGGGAGGGCUCUUGUGGGGAGUCAGGCCUGUUCAGGAAUGGGUGGUGAGCUGUGGGGAAGGUGGCAGAGUGAGGACGGACGAGAACAUGGCUCUAAAAUCGGUGUUCCGGGUGUGCGGCACCCCCUUCAAAAGCACGAGACCUCCGGGCCACCCCCUGGCCCAGAAGGCAGAGCGAGCCUUCCCCAUCUCUGUUUGGCCUUCUUCCUCUGCUCUGGAGCAUUCAGAACCUUAAACCUAGAUUACGGUGCCACAGAGGAUCUAGGCACCAUCCCUCCUACCAAUGACCCAGUGAUGAGGAAAGCUUCACUGCGACUGCACACUCUCUGUUGUGUGAGGCUGCAGUGGUUCUGGGACCAGCGCCGCCCUUGUAAGUAGCUAAAAAUUCAGAAUGUGGCCCCUUUGCCCCAAAAGACCGUCAGCCCCCACCCCCAGCUGGAGGGCUCCAGGUGAAGAAGUGUCAUGCCCUUGUCACUGGAGUCACUCGAGUCUUUGCAAUGGAGGCUGCGUCGCUGUGCCUUGGGGUUCAGGGGGGCAGAGUUCCAGUUGGCAAGUGAAACCCAGGCAGCGAGGCAAGUGCCAUUUGAAGGAUCCUGGCAGAAUCCCUUCUCCUCCUAAUUGCCCUCUGAGAGCUAAUUGCUCUUAAUUGCUCCUGCUCUGCCUCGCCAUACCUGCAGGGCCUGCGUUUUGUUCAAGGGUGUGGCCCAGCCUCUUCCGCAAGGUGCAUUGUGAGGUGGGAGACAAGCACACCUGUCAGGGAUACAGCUGGCUGCCGGGGCGAAAGGCGCUGCUUGCCUCAGAGGCUCCACAUCGGGUCGCACGCAGGGAUUGGGUCCCCGAGAAGCUCUGGCCAGGGAGAGAAACGUUCCAUUUGCCAGGGUUGUGCCCGGCUCAAUUCUGCUCUGAAGAAUGUGUUGGUGAAGGCUGUCUUUCUGAAUUCAGAGCUAUGUGAACGUAAGAAGAACCUGGGUGCAGCAGGGUCAGACCAAAGGGAGCCCAUGCAGACAGCCUCCUGUCCCCCCAGUGGACAACCAGAGACCCCCCCAUGGGAAGCAGGACCAGAGUGCAGUGUGAGAAACUUAGAUAUAUGUUAAUUGCCAAAUGGCACCUUAAACCUCAGUUGCAGUCGCCACAAUGGAAUGCCUGAGCGCCUUUUUUGCGAUGGGGAUUAUUAUCCUUGUUAUUCAUUUAAUUUCUGUAUAGUUAUAUAUUUUAAAGACAUAAUCUCAAAGUGGUUGACAACACAUUAGACCAUCAAAUAAAACGAUCCACAACAAAACAAAUUCAAGCUUCAAGGAAAAUAUUUCAGAUCCUUCCCUAGGUGACAUUCUGCUUUCUUCAUAUUUUUUUACCUGCUUAAUUUAUAUAGCUGCCCCAUAGCAGAAGUGCUCUAGGAAGGCAGUGGGGCGUGGUGUUGAGAAUGUCAGACUAGGACCUGGGAGAUCAGGGUUCAAAUUCCCACUCUAUCAUGAAGCUCAUGGGUUCCUUUGAGUCGGUCACAGCUUCCGAGCCUACCUCACAGGGUCAUUGUAGGGAUUAACUGAGGAGAGGGUGAACCAUGGACUCUUUUCUCCAAAGUGGGAUAUAAAUGCAGUAAAUGAGCUCUUCUGCUGACCUGCUUAAGGAAGCUGGAGGGACUAGCCAGAUGGAGAUGUGAGUCUCCAACCUGGUGCCCAGAGAUCUCCAUGUGGUCACCAUAGAAUCAUAGAAUCAUAGAAUCAUAGAGUUGGAAGAGACCACAAGGGCCAUCGAGUCCAACCCCCUGCCAAGCAGGAAACACCAUCAGAGCACUCCUGACAUAUGGUUGUCAAGCCUCUGCUUAAAGACCUCCAAAGAAGGAGACUCCACCACACUCCUUGGCAGCAAAUUCCACUGUCGAACAGCUCUUACUGUCAGGAAGUUCUUCCUAAUGUUUAGGUGGAAUCUUCUUUCUUGUAGUUUGGAUCCAUUGCUCCGUGUCCGCUUCUCUGGAGCAGCAGAAAACAACCUUUCUCCCUCCUCUAUGUGACAUCCUUUUAUAUAUUUGAACAUGGCUAUCAUAUCACCCCUUAACCUCCUCUUCUCCAGGCUAAACAUGCCCAGCUCCCUUAGCCGUUCCUCAUAAGGCAUCGUUUCCAGGCCUUUGACCAUUUUGGUUGCCCUCCUCUGGACACGUUCCAGUUUGUCAAUGUCCUUCGCCAGUUGCAAAGCACACCUGAUGCCUGGGCGAUUUUUAACGCUGCCAACCUCAUGUCCUCCCAGUGGCCAAUCUGAGACUCCGCUUGGGAAGCAGGACCUGAGAGCCACAGCAACUAUCCCCACUUGGGGUUCCCAGGGACUUCCAUUCUGCUGCAGGCUGACUCUGAUGUUGUGUAGCUUCUUUGCCUCAUGCAAUAGCAAAUGCAGCCACUUCAAGAUUCUCUGCAGCCAUGAGGUCUAGAACCUUGUUUUCUUCUCCUAAAGGAAAGCAGAGGCUCUUGAAUCCUGGUGUUGGCUGGAUGCCCAGGCCUGCCUUCUGGCUCUUCCUCCUCUCUUGCUGGCCCCGAUCCAGAGGCUUCCUCAUUCUGUGCAGGUUCAGGCUGAUUUGGCCGGAGCCUUAAAUGGGCAAAAGAAGCAGGCACCCCGUCCCCUUCUCUCCUCUUUGCACAGAGCAGGAGCCGGAGGCAAUUCUGGGCUGGCUCCAGGGGCCUUUCCGGGCAGCUGACUCCUCCGGGACUCUGGCUGAGGGCCAUCUGGGCAUCUAGCCGGUUGCGCGGCUCCGACUCAGGAGACGUUCCUGGAAGGGAUGAGGCACUCUGGGUCGCCUGAGGGGCUGCUUGGAAGCACCACUGAGCUGCUGUGUCAGGAUGCGUCACUCGAGGAGGCGGGGAGGAAGGCCGGAAGGCCAGUGAGAGGGAGUGGCUGGCUGAAGGUCACCCAGUGGGCUUUGAGGUGGCUUUGGGGAUUCAAACCCCAGUCUCUCAGGUCUGACACCCUAACCACUACACCACACUGCUCUCCAUGAGCCUGGACGCUGAUGGGAAUUGUACUCCAAAGCAGCUACAGGGAAAAGGUGCCCAAAGUGGACAUUUGUAUUUGGAGUCACUCUUCGCAACUGUGUGUGUUCAAUGAACAAGGAUAACAACAAUGGGUUUUGUGCUUUUCCUGUGGCAAUAUUUUUAUGUGGCAAACCGCCCUGAGGUCUGCGGAUGAAGAGCGGUAUACAAAUUUAUUUAUUUUUUAAAUAAAAAAUUGUUGCUCUAGGUCAGCAGGGUAGGAGGGAAUCAGAGCUGGGGAAGUAGAUUCCUUUGUUCUGUGGAAAAUUUGUGGGCCUGCCCCCAUUUCUUUUAACUGGAGUGGAUCGUUGUUUUACAAAUCAGCAUUUUAAAGAAAGAAGAUUUUAUUUAAACCUUUGACAUGCCACUUUCUAGCUGUUCCAGCACCUAUGGGGCCAGCUUUGUGCCUCCUCCAGCCUGGUCUGUUAAUGAUGGAGCACCCCUAUUCCCAUACUCAAGCCCUGCUUUUUGUUGGAUAGAGAGCCUAGGCCCUAGGACUCCCUUUGGUCUCAUUUCGAAGCCUGCAGAGCUGCUGCCAGUCAGAGCAGACUGCACUGAGCUGCACGAACCUAGAACUGAAGAGUUGGAAGUGUUCCCAAGGGCCAUCUAGCUCAACCCCCUUCAAUGCAGGGAUUGCAACUAAAGCAUCCCAGUAUAAGGCAACUCUCAAUGUCCUUCAGGAAAGGGGGCAGAAAGAGAUAAAAGGGUGCACCCCACCCCCAUAGUUGGUUCAGCUAUGUCCACCACCAGCAUGUGGCCGCUGGCAGAUGUUCCUCAGGGAAUGCGGCCUCUGUUUGAAAAAACCCUGCAGGGGCCACCUUGGCCUUCUCCGCUGCAUUGCCAGGCUUCCUCUGAUCGGACACCAAACAGGAAGCAGCUGCAGCUGACCUCUGAGAUCACUGGUGCUUUUUCCCCUUCCCCUUUCUGAAAAAGGAAAAGAGUCCCGGUUGGCGUGGAAGCGGAAGGGGGAGGCUUCAAGAGAGCCUCAGACUCUUCUUCUUUUCCUUGUUCUCCUCCUCCUCCUCUUCGCUGUUAGGGAUAGGAGUGGUCAUCCUUUGUCUCACUCUCCAUUUUAAGAGCUCAGAGCUGCAAAAAAACUGCAGCUUUGAUCCAGAUGAGCCUCUGUAAGCAGCACCCAUGUGAAACCCGAUAAUGGAGACGGGGCAGAAACAUUGUGAUGGUUUCAGCAGAAAUGGGGGAGAGGGCACCCACCUGCAACUCAGGUGGGUUGGAGGUGCUUUGAAGUCGGAGGCUCCUUGACCAUAGGGGCUAAAGGCAGCAGCCUCCUGGGACAGUGCUUGUGGCGGAGGCUGGGUCUGUCUUAAGAACGCAAGAAGGGCCUGCUGGAUCAGGCCAAAGGGGGCCCUUCAAUCCAGCAUCCUCUCCUCAACAGAGGUCAGCCCGACGCCUCUUCCUGCAAACCCAUAAGCAGGAUCCGAGCACAAGAGCACUCUCCCCUCCUGUGGCUUCCAGCAACUGGUAUGCCUCCAGUGCUCUUGCAGUUUUCAAAUCGUAUUUGUAGUAGAAUCAUAGAACUGUAGAGUUGGAAGGGACCCUGAGGCUCAUCUAGCGGAAACCCCUGCAAGGCAGGAAUAUGCAGCUGCCCCAUGCGCCAGGGAUCAAACCUGCAACCUUGGUGUCAUCAGCACCAUGCUCUGCAAACUCUGGAUGUGCCUCUGCUAAAGCCAGACUCGCAUGCCAAAAGGCUAACCUGGAAGGAAGGGGGGUAAAAAUCAGACCAGUGGGUCUCCGCGCUCUCCUGCUUUGUGAAGGUGGAGGCUGUGCUGGUUCCUUCCCUUCCCAUCUGCCAGCAGAGCUCUCUCUUCUGGCUGCUCUUGCAGCAGCUGCAGGCCGACCUCCAGGAGGUUGAGAAACUGGGACAUUUCCUGGGAACUUGAGCCGCUCCUCUUGCUGCGGAUAAUUGGGGACCUUUGAGAGUUGGCGGAAACCUCUUUUUCCUGAACAGUUGCUUAAUUUAAAUACUGGCUGGUCAAAGGAGUAUUUGCUAAUAAUUCUCUGAGCUGGUGGCUUUCUGACUCGCAGAUGCCGUCUCCAGGCGGAAGCUGGUGUUGGAGGAACACGUACCCUGUCUCGUUGCCACGUAACCCUCUGCAAUAAGCUUGCAAGACUUGUCUUUGCCCUCUGGAGUCAGCUUGCAUAAGAGGGGACCCCCCCCCCCCCGCAUUGUAAGAGCGUCUCUCGGAGAAGCUGGACAUGGAUUCCCCAGGCAGGGAUUCUUUAAUUGCAAGUCCUGCAUUGCCGGAGGUUGUGCUAGAUGACCCCCAGGGUCCCUUCCAACUCUACCAUUCUAUGAUUCUAAGUUUGGUGGGCGCUUUUCCUGCUGCUGGCCAUCAUAUUUGAUGAAUUAUUGUAUUUUAAUAUUUUGCUGGAAGCCUCCCAGAGUGGCUUGGGAAACCCAGCCAGAUGGGCGGGUCUUAAAUAAAUUAUUAUUAUUAUUAUUAUUAUUAUUAUUAUUAUUAUUAUUAUUACUACUACUACUACUACUACUAUUCAUGAUUGCUGCUUGUGUAAGUCUUUAUAUCAGUGGUUUCCAACAGUGUUAGAAACUCAGAUAUUUAACUUAAUUGCCAAUAUACCUUAAACCUGUGUUACGGUCACCACAAUGUCUAGGUGCCAUUCCCCUCAUAGGGUUUAUUAACUUCAUCAUUAUCAUUUCUAUAGCACUUUAUAUUUUAAAGAAAAAACCUUAAAGCGGUUAAGACAUCAAAUAAAACAAUCCAGAAUAAAACAAAUUCAAGCAUCAAGGAGAAUAUUUCACGUCCUCCUCUAAGUGACACUUGGCUCCCCCCAUAUUUAUUUACCAACUUAAUUCAUAGAGCUGCCCCACAGCAGGAGGACUCUAGGAAGGCAGGGUGGUGUAGUGGUGAGAGCAAUCAGAGUUUGAAUCCCCACUCCAUCAGGAAACUCACUGGGUGGCCUUGGAGUCUGUUGCAGCCUCUUUGCCUUCCUCGCAGGGUCAUUGUAGGGAUUAACAGAGGAGUGGGGUGAACCAUGGACUUCUGGGAGAAAAAGGUGGGAGAUCAUCGCCGUGAAGAAGUUCUUCUGCUGAGCUGCUGAAGAAAGCUGGAGAUGUCAUUUGUCAGUCUGGCGCCCAGUGAUCUCCACGGGGUCCCAAUUGGACCUGCGCUAAUAGCACAACGUGCCUGGCACCUGGGGAAUUUUGAACACUGGUUCCAAAACCCUUUGGAUCUACAAGAUUCUCCCCUCGGCCACCUCCCCUACCCCAUAAAAAGCAUUAUUCAGAGUAGCGGUUUCCAAACCACUGAGGAAGAUUAUGCGUACCCCAAUAAAAUUAUACAGUAACAAUUGCACAGUUAUUCAAAACUCAGUUAACUUCGUUUUUAGUUUAAUUCAACAAGACUGAGGCACCGCUUUUCCAAGUUAUUUAGCAGGGCUCUUUGCUACCACGCUCCGUAACCACUUCAGUGUUCAGAAAACACUCUGCCAUGGGGAGCUUGAUGAAAUGAUCCCAGUUUCCCACUGUCACUUAUCCGGAGUCUUAAAUCACUACCUCCUGUGCUGCCUCGCUGGGGAAUCCCACAGCCCCCUUUGUGUGUGGGCUCCUCAUUCUCAGUCUUUCCCAGCCUCCUUCAAACAGCAGCAGCGGCAUUUCUGGUUCCCCCCACCCCCGUUUGGGAUCUCGCUCUGUUGCUGCCUGCGCCCUCAGGAACCCCAUGCUGGUGGCGCUGGGCUCUGCUCAGGCGGCAAGCAGCAUGCAGCCGCAGUGAAGACGCGCAAACACCCACGUGCCGCGCCAGGCCAGUUUCUGAGAGCUGCAGUCUUGCAUCUCAGCUGACACCACCUGCGCUGGUCUUAUGUAAGCUAGCGGGUCAUGGGGGGGGGGAGGCAUAAGAGGCAUUUUGGGGCCUCAGUGCAAGCAAAGCAAAACUCGCCUCCUUGUUCUGUGGGCUGAAUGAACUUGUGGUUUCUUGUGGCCGGUCCUUGAUCUUCUCAUCUUGCCUUGCUGUCUUAGGCGCUUUGGAGAGAGAGAUCCUCUUUGCCGUUACGGCUGUCUCUUGCAAAACUGAGCUGAUGUGAUGUCUGUGCCAUACAGGGAGAAAGCUGCUGGGAUGUUUGCCGUCCGGUCCCUGUGAGGGAAGGGGGAGCUGUCAGCUCCAGCCAGCAGCUAAACACAUGGGGGAUAUGGUAUUAUUGUAUUUUAAUCUUUUGUUGGAAGCCGUCCAGAGUGGCUGGGGAAACCCUGCCAGUUUGGGGGGGGGGUAUAAAUAAUAAAUUAUUACAGUGAACCCUCCAGAUACAAACUUGAUUCGUGCUCAGGGUCCAUACUAACCCUGAAAAGUCCAUAUCCGGAGACGCUACUUCUGUGCAUGUGUGCGUGGCGAAACCUGGAAGUAUAGACUUCUGGGUUUGCCGCAUUUGUAACUCAAAAUUACGUUACCUGAAGGUAACAUAACCCGAGCUACCACGUUGUUGUUGUUGUUGUUUAUUAUCAUGGAGCAGCAAGAGUAGUUCUCUGGUGGCUGGGAAGAGAUCCCAGGAGGUGGGAACCAAGGCACCCGAAAAGCAGCAGAGGAGUAAAAAUCAGGGGAAGGAGCAGUGAUAGAACCUCAAGAUACAUAAGCUAAUUUCCAAAUGGUACCUUAAACCUCAGUUGCAGUCGCCACAAUGGAACGCCUGAGCACCUUUUUUUUGCAAUGGGAAUUAUUAUUCAUGUUGUUCAUUUAAUUUCUGUAUGGCUUUAUAUUUUAAAGAAAUAAUCUCAAAGUGGUUGACAACACAUUAGACCAUCAAAUAAAACAAUCCAGAAUAAAACAAAUUCAAGCAUCAAGGAGAGUAUUUCAGGUCCUUCUCUAAGUGACAUUUGGCUUUCUCCAUAUUUAUUUACCAACAUAAUUUAUAGAGCUGCCCCAUAGCAGAAGUGCUCUAGGGAGCCAGUGGGUGUAGUGGUUAGAGUGUCGGAUGAGGACCUGGGAGAUCAGGGUUCGAAUCCCCACUCCGUCAUGAAGCUCACUGGGUGACCUUGGAGUCAGUCAUGGCCUCUUCGCCUACCUCAGAGGGCCGUUGUAGGAAUUAACAGAGGGGGGAGUGAACCAAGGAGUCCUUGGGCAAAAUGGUGGGAGAUAAAUGCAGUAAACAAGUUCUCCUGCUCAUAAUUCUGGAGGGACCAGCCAGAGGGAGCACAUUGGCGGCCACCUUCCCUGGCUCUUGGGGGCCAAGGGCUCCAGCCGCAGUGGCCCUCCCAUGCUUGGCAGUCUGCUUAGCACCACUGUUUCUCUCCCUCCCUCUCUCCUCCAGGGAUCCGUUCUUGGGACAUCGACUUGACUGCCUGCAACCUUGACCAGCAGCUGAAGCUCUUUGUUUCCCGCCACUCAGCCACCUUCUCCGAUAUUGUGAAAGGUAAGGAGGUAGCAGAGGCGCCAUCCCUCUGACAAUGUGGACUAGGGCCUCCCCACCUGCCAAUGCCCUCCCUGCUCUUGGGCAGGCAAGCGUGUCGACAGCAGGCUCAUCCGGUCCCCGUGGGCAUCUCCCCCCUCCAGGAAUGAGCCGGCCGUGUCCUCAGAUGACUCUGCCCACCCACUCCGCCCGAUGUUGAACUAACGGUGGAAUGCUGGGCCAGGGAGGCUGCAGGAGCCGCUGGGAAGCACCUGCUCCCUUCUUGGUCCCCAGGGCAAGAGCGUCCGCCUCCUUUCUCCUUUUGUGCAAGGGGAAGGCAAACCUUGUUUUUCUCCUGCACUGGAAACACAGUGGCUCUUGCUCGCAGGGCAAGGCUCAGGUAUCAGGGUCUGAAAGUCAGAUAUAUAAGGUGAUCGCCAAAUGGCACCUUAAACUGUUGCCACCACAGAAUGUUUACCAUUAUUUUUCAUUUCAUUUUUAUGUCACUUCAUAUUUUAAAGAAAAAAUCUCUGCCUGGGUGUGGAGGCCCCUCGUGUUGCCCAGCAUCACCUCCAGGGCCUGCUCCUUUGGCUGCCCCUGGUAUUUUGUCCAUCAAAAGGGAGCCAGCAGCUUAUCGGCCGAGCGCCCAGCACCCUGAUGGGACCCUUCCCCUCCUUCGCAGCAGGGACAGUUUAAUGUUUUCGGAGCUCCCAGCUGGCGUGAUCGCCAGAAAUCUCAGGGUUCCAGUUCCACACUUUGAGACACUGCAGGCAGGCGUCUGAGUUGCAGCCACUUGGUUGUCGUCGGUCUGUCUCGAGAGACCAUGGAGUGUGUCUCUGGGGGUGAAGUCUAACAGCUGCAUGAGCAGCACUGAAGGGACCUUUCUGAGGCACAAGCCUGGCCCAUCUGUUUGGGGGUCCAGACAAGACCCCCAUCUCGGCCCAGCUGAUGGUUUCCAAAGGAAGGCAGAGCAAGACAUUGGGCACCAGCUUGGCUGCAGGAGUUGCCGAAAGGAGGCGUACAAGGUGCCAUCCCAGCCGUCUUUGGGACUCCAUUCCGGAUUUGUGUAGGGUUUGCUCCAGAGCCUUAUCUUCUCCUGAAGAUACCCGGCAAGGUAGCAGAGAUUUAGGAUCAGAGUUUUGCUUCUCUGAGAUGGACUCCCUUCCCUGGUGCUCAAGCCCCAUCUGCGGUUCCAGCCACUGCAACCCCACAAAUUGAUUGCUCGCCUCAAGCAGCCUUAAAAUGGCCCCAGGGCCAUUUUAAACUCCUCUUAAUAGUUGUGCUGUAACCUUUGUGGGAUCGACGGCUGGUGAGACUCCUGAUCAGACAAACCCUCUUCAGGUGCCUUUGGGUUUCUUGAAGCCUCUUGGCCAGAGAUCUCACAGGAUCGGGAGGAGAAGAGAGAGAAUGCAGCAGCCGGCCUUGCUGGAAUCUGGCAGUGCUGCACUGCCACCUUCUGGGCGGAUGGAGCCUUGCAGUGGGCAGCCCUCCCCUCCAGAACCGCUGCUUUCUUUGCCUUUAAACACCAGGGAGAACUUUCUGAGGGUGAGGACCGUUCAGUAGCGGGAUGGACCCCUCCUUAGAGAUGUGGUGUAUUCUCCUUCAAGAUAUCUGUCCUGGGUGCGAAAACAGAUUCCUGCAUUGCAGAGGGUUGGGCUAGAUGACCCUCGGGACCCUUCCAACCCCCUACAACGUAAAGGCAAACCAUAUCUAUAUAUAUGAUUAUAUAUAUCCCAUUAUGCACACACACAGAUUCAAACGUUACAGUGCAGCUUUGCCCACUGCCCUAAUAUCACAGAAUGAUCACUCCGAUCCUCAUUCCCACAUCGCUGUCAUGUUGGCUCGCCCAAUAUGCUAAAUAAGAACCCAACUGCAAAUUGUAUUGCUAGGGUUCAUUUGGAACGGCAUUGAGAGCCAGGCUGUCUCUGUCAUCAUGCCGCUAUGUGAAUCUGUGAUGCCUUGCAGGAGGUUGGGCUAGAUGGCCCUUGGGGGUCCCUUCCAGCGCCACAACACUGUGGUCCUUCUGCCCCGGAGCCUCCCUUUCAACGCUGUCGCCUCGUUUUCCCUCCCCAGGUCAGCGGGCUCUGCACCAUCGCGGAGAACUCCUGGAGACGCUGGUGCUGCUGAACCCUUCCGACAAGUCCAUCUGCAAUGAGGCGAGUUGCCGGAAGGCGAGCAGCUUGAGGGCAGAGGGCUCUUGGGCUUGGGUCCUGCCUACGCUUUCUUCCCCUUGACCACUGUGAGAACAGGAUGCCGGGCUCGAUGGGGCCCCUUUGACCUGAUCCAGCAGCCAGGCUUUUGUGGAACCUCCAGGUCCAGAGGCAGUCUAUCUGGAUCCCUGGGUUCUUAAGAGGGUAUUUGGCCAUUGCACGAAGAGGACGGUGGGCCCCCUUUGGGUGAAUUGGAGAGCCCAACUCCAGAGAACGUGAAUGGGUAGCAUCCUGCUUCUGAAACGGGCCUUGGGGCUGCAUGGUACACCCACGCCAGCUUUGCAUGGCACUGGAGAGUCCGUGGACUGUUCUCAGGGCCUGGAAAUAGGAAGACCCAACAAGGCUCUAGAGUCUUUUCCGGCACUGCAGGGAGUUGGGCUGGAUGACUCUCAGGGUCCCUUCCAACUCUACAAUUCUGUGGUUCUGUUGACAGAGGGUUGGCUGGAAAUAAGCCCCAAGAGGCUGGAAAUCUGAGGGCCUUCCCUCCGAGGCCUGACUUUCUCUCUCACCCUGCAGCUCUGCAACCUGGUCACGGACCCUUCGCGCCACAAGCUGCUGAUCUUUGCUGGGCCCUGCAUCGAGGAGACGGGGGAGCUGGUCCUGCAGACGGGCACGUUCUCCUUGCGAGACUUCAUCCAGAUCUUCGCCGACAAAGAGGUACGUCUCCCCAGCAGCAGCCUGGAGCAGCAGGGAGGAGUUAGCCGGUGAUGCUGAAUGGGCCGGGGUGGCAAAAGCGGGAAAGGGCUGGCAAAGACCCUCCCCUAAAUGAAUCCUUCCAAACUGGGUAACUCCACUGGUGUGGAGGCUGUUACUCUGGCCAGACAGCGGAAGACCAGAGAGGAAGAAGGAUGCUCUGGGCCUCGUUUUACUUCCUUUUUCGUUAGAAGUACUGUAACUAUACAACCUUUAGAAGACUUCUGAAGUUUCUACUUUUAAUGUUUUCUUAUGCCUUUGUGUAUGCUGGAAGCCACCUAGAGAGGCUGGGGCAACCCAGUCAUCAUUAAGUUGUGAUGUUAAUAGUCGUUGUUGUUGUUGUUGUUGUUAUACCACCAUGUCCAUCUGGCUGGGUUUCCACAGCCACUCUGGGCAGCUCCCAGCAGAAUAGUAAAAAUAUGGGAAAACAUUAAAAACCUUCCUAUACAGGGCUGCCUUCAGAUGUCUUCAAAAAGUUUCAUGGUUGUUCAGCUGACGUUUGAUGGGAGGUGGCUCCCUGUUGCUUCGCAUAAUUGCAAUGAGGGAACCCCCAAAAAACCCUCAGAGCUGGACCUCUGUGUCCAGGGUGGACAUUUGGGAUGGAGACACUCCUUCAGGUAUACAGGGCGGAAGCACCAACACUGAAUUGUUCUCAGAAGCGUAUUGGGAGCGAGUGAAGAUCCUUUAGUACCAGUGUUAUGUGGUCACUACAGUAUAUGGUUCAUAGUGCACUGACACCUCUCUCUCUCUCUCUCUCUUUCGCCAGGUUGGGGAGUUGCUCAGCUCUGCAGACCCAUCUGCCAGGACCAGCCUGACGGUCAUUUGCCCGGACUUUGGGGAAUGGAAAGCUUCCCGGCUGGGUCAGCACAACCUGUUGGACUUCAUUGACCUUCGCUUCAACCCAGGCCCUGUGCUGCCCGAGAUGGAGGGCCUGCAGGAGUUCCUGGAGUACCUCUCAGAGUCGCUGGACCCCCCGUCGCCGUUUGACCUCCUGGAGCCACCCAGCACCGUCGGCUUCCUGAAGCUGUCCCGCCCCUGCUGCUAUAUCUUCCCUGGCGGCAGGGGCGACUCGGCCUUCUUUGCCGUCAACGGCUUCAACAUCCUGGUCAAUGGCGGCUCCAACCCCCGCUCGUCCUUCUGGAAGCUGGUGUGCCACCUCGACCGCAUCGACUCCAUCUUGGUGACGCACGUGGGCACUGACAGCCUACCCGGCGUCAACAGCCUGCUGCAGAGGAAGCUGGCCGAGAUGGAAGAGGAUCCCUCCUCGCAGGGUUCGCCAAACGAGGACUCGGUGAAGAACCUCAUCUCCCCAGAACUGGGCGUCGUCUUCCUCAACGCCUCCGAGAAGCUGAAGACCAUUGCGGGUGACUCGGGCGUCCUGAAGAGCUGCGACGAGGCCAGCUUGGCGCUCCACUACCUGGACAAGCUGGGCAUCCAGCCCAGCCCACUCUGCAGGGACGGCGGCCCCAAGGUGGAGCCCACUGUCCUCUUCCAGAAGAUGGGCGUUGGGCGCUUAGAUAUGUACAUCCUGAACCCGGUGAAAGGCAGCAAGGAGCUGGAGGUCCUGAUGCAGCACUGGUGCGGCAACGGCUGCCCCCAGGGGCUGGAGCUGCCCCUGCACUGCGUGACCUCCAUCUGUGCCCUCCUGGUCUGGCACCCCGUCAGCCCCACAGAGAAGAUCGUCCGGGUCUUGUUCCCUGGCUGCACGCCCCAGAGCAGGAUCCUGGAGGGGCUGGAGAAGGUCCGGCACUUGGAGUUCCUCAAACAUCCGGUGGUCACCCAGAAGGACCUGGAGUCAGGGUCCUCCUCGGGCAGCACCCCACAAAGCCAGCAGAAGAGGACCACCAGCCAGGAGAGCCUCAAGUCCGGCUCCAGGCUGAGCCUCCCAGAGCCCAAGGAAAGGAGGGAGGCAAAGGUGGCCGGCACCAGAGAGCGCGCCAUGGCGCCCAGCGAGACCUCAAAGGGCAGCCUGGAGGAGGAGCAGGCCAAGGAGACUCGUACCAAGGUGGAGCCGUCUUCUGCUGUGAGGCCCAAGCAGCUGAAGGAGAAGCCGAUGGCCAAGAAGGACACCAAAAAACUCUUGCCAAAGAAUGACGCUGCCCCCCCGGGAAAGGUGCCCAAACGGGAGGCGAAGGUGGAUCCCCCCAGGAGGGAGACGGCGGCCAAGAAGGAGGCGAAGGCGGAGGAGAAGGCAGCAGUGAGGCAGCCGAGUCGGGAGCUGAGGAGGUCAGCCAGCGCGGAAGCCAAGAGGCCCCCCACCAAGAUGGGCAGCUUCAAGAAGACCCUCCCCAGCCUCAAGAAGGAGGCGGAGAAGCCGAAAGCCCAGCCUUUGAAAGAGGCUCCUCUCAAGAUGCCCAGCGGCGCCAAGGGGGCAGCAGGUGGCCUCUCGGACGGGUCCAAGUCGUCAACGGAGAAUGGGGCGAGGGAGGACUCUCGGCCAGAGGUCCUGGGGGCUGAGUCGACAGACGAGGGCAUCACUACAGCGGAGAGCGAGCUGGAGCCAUCGCCGCUGGAGUGUCCCGGGAACGGGGUGCUGGCGGCCCAGAACGGCCUGUGCACGGGGGGAGACCCUGAGAGCCCCCAGCCCUUCCGGCACCUGGAGGCCAGCUCUCCGCUGAGGGGUGCAGGCCCCCCAUCGCCACUGGCUAAGACCCCCAAGAGUGAGUGGAGCAUCAACUUUGAGCAGACCCCCACGGGCACGCAGGCAGGGCUCCACCCCGAGGGCGAGGAGGCUUGCGGCAGCUCCGAAGAGAAGACCCUGGAAAUGAUGUCUCCGGCCAGCUCAGGCCCAGCCAGUGCCAGGCACACUCCUUUCCACCAGUCCCCCGUCGAGGACGUCGUCAUGGCCGAGGAGCCGGCGGCCCUGACCAACUCCUGGCGCCCGGACGGCUCUGCCACCGGGCUCCGUGUUUCGCGGGACAACUCCAGCUCCUCGCAGGAGAAGCCGUCAGGAUGCCUGUCACCCGGCCUCUUCCGCGAUGACCUCCCGGACGUCUCGCCCACCAUCACCACGCCCUCACUGCCGGCCGAAGUGGGCUCGCCGCACUCCACCGAGGUGGAUGAGUCCCUCUCUAUGUCCUUCGAGCAGGUCUUGCCACCGGUCAGCGAGUUCCAGGAGGAAGCAGAGAACGCCCGCCCGGGGGGGCUCACCCCAGAGCCGGACGUGGGCAAAGGCGGCCUAUCCUUGCCCGUCCGGCCCUGCCACCCGCAUCACGCCCAGCGCUUGGACGGCCCCUCCCUGGCACGGCGUGCCCGCCGCUCUGACUCGCCCCAUGAUGUGGACCUCUGCCUGGUGUCCCCAUGCGAGUUUGAGCACCCCAAGUCGGAGCGCUCGCCCUCAGCCAACUUCAGCCCCCGGGACAUGUCGAACAGCAGUGACUUCUCCCAGGAGCUGACCAAGCCGCUGGUGGGCCAGCGAAAGGGCCCGCGGAGCCGCAAGCCCUGCCCCCUGGCCGACGAGACCCCACCCACGUCACUCAGCGAGUCGCUGCCCACCCUCUCGGACUCUGACAUCCCGCCCGCCACGGAAGAGUGCCCUUCCAUCACGGCGGAUGGCGGGCUGGACUCGGACGACGACCCUGAGAGCCUGGCGCGGGCUCGCGACCCUCUUCCGGCCGCCCUGAAGGACCCCCUCCCGCUCCCCGCUCAGCCGGGCAUCUGUAUGGUGGACCCUGACCGAGAAGGGGCGGCCAAGGGCAAGAGGCCGGCGACCCGGGUGGGCUCCGCUCCGCCCAAAGCAGACUCAGCCCCCAGAGGCGCAGCCCACAACAGCAGCCGCAUCAAGCCUUCCUCGGCCAGCCUUGGGGAGAGAGCCCGCGUGCCCGCUCUGAGCCGAAGUGAGUCGGCUGCCUCCCGUGCCAGUGGGGACCACCGAGGAUCCCUUGGCCAGCGGCCAGCAAGCAGCAGGCCGUCCUUGGGGGCAGGCAGAGCAUGCCCUGCAGGUAAGAGGAGGAAGGGGUGGAAGGAGGGAUCUCAUCAGCCCCAAGCACAGUGCCAGGAGGGGGCCCGGAUCAGGCCUUGUCCAGAUAAACAGGGAGGCAGGUUUUAUCUCCACCCAAAUUGUUUUGAAUCUGUGUACUUCAGGUGAGGAGCCAAUCAGGCUGCCUGGUCUCUUGGGUGGUUCUCGAUCUCAAUGUUCUCUGCAAGUGCCUAGCAGCACCUUGGACUUUUGGACCUCGUGGAGCCCAGAGCGGCCCUCUCCCUUUCUGCAUGUGCUCCAUGUUGUGAUGCACGUGGGCAGCAGAGAAGAAAAGUCAUUUUUCCCGUGUGCAAAUAGCUGGGUUAAAUUCUGAUUUUGCAGCCGUUCCUUUGUGUUUGUGCUGCAUCCAGUGGAGGGUGGGGGCAUCCCAGCCGGCGUCUCCCCUCCAUGCCCACCUUGCAGCCAACGCUCCCCAUUUUUCUCCCGUCCCCCAGGUGCCAGGCCCAGUUCCGUGCGGCCCCCCGUCUACCUGGAGCUGGCCUACAUCCCGGGCUCGGCGAGUGCCCAGUGGGUGGACGAGGACUUCUUCCGCCACGUCCGGUCGCAGUGCUACGUCAUCAGCGGCGAGGACCACAUCAAGGAGGGCGUCAUGCGGAGGAUCUUGGACGCCCUCCUGGCCGGGAAGCAGCACUGGGCGCAUGACACCCAGGUGGGCAGGGUGGGCAGGGCCAGUGGGUUGCUUGCCAUAGCCCAUCUCGGGGCUUGGAGAUCCUGCUGGGGUCUUGUGCUGCCGGCCAGGAACCUCCCUGGGAUCGAGGCCCUCCUAUGCCGAGGAUGCUCUCUAGCGGGACUCGUUUGGUGCCCACUGAAACCAGGGCGGCAUUCAGUGGCAGGGUUAGAGAAUGGGUAACAUGGCAAGCAGGGGGCCAGGAGGCAGCUAGGCACUGCCUGCUCCCUUCUUGGUCUCCAGGGUGAGAGCGGCUGCCUUCUCUUUAUGUGCCAGGGAAGGCAAACCUUGUUUUUCUCCUGCGGUGGAUACACAGUGAAUUUUGCUUGCUGGGCAAAGCUCAGGAUUAGGGUUAGAAACUCAGAAAUAUAAGCGAAUUGCCAAAUGGCACCUUAAACUGAGGUGGUGCUUCUACCACACUCCUUUUUUUUAAAACAGUGAAAAUUAUUGUUAUAUCGUUUUUCAUUUCUGUAUCACUUUAUAUUUUAAAGAAAAAACCUAAAAGCGGUUUACAACUAGGGCUGGGCGAUAAUCUGGUUUUCAACAUCGGGAGACAUCACCAGCUAAACAUCACAAUAUACUGAUAGAUCACAAUGUCUGAAAUAAGGCUGGAGCUGGCUUCACGGGUUUUUCUACAUUGUGAUUUUUGUAUAGCAGACGCACACAAGAUUCACAAUAUAUUGCCAGGUCAAAAAUUAUGAAACCAAUAACACAGUAGGGACUUGAAACUAGUUUUGGACAAUAUGUCAAUAUAUAGGUAAAGGUAAAGGGACCCCUGACCAUUAGGUCCAGUUGUGGCCGACUCUGGGGUUGUGGUGCUCCUCUCACUUUAUUGGCCGAGGGAGCCGGUGUACACCUUCCGGGUCAUGUGGCCAGCAUGACUAAGCCGCUUCUGGCGAACCAGAGCAGCGCACGGAAACGCCGUUUACCUUCCCGCCAGAGCGGUACCUAUUUAUCUACUUGCACUUUGAUGUGCUUUAGAACUGCUAGGUUGGCAGGAGCUGGGACCGAGCAACAGGAGCUCACCCCGUUGUGGGGAUUCGAACCGCCAACCUGAUUGGCAAGUCCUAGGCUCUGUGGUUUAACCCACAGCGCCACCCGUGUCCCUAUGUCAAUUUAUUGGCCAGCCCUAUUUAUAACACAUUGAAUCAUAAAAUAAAACAACCCGGGAUAAAAUAAAUUCAAGCAUCAGGGAAAUAUUUCAUAUCUCUAAGGGAAAUUUUGCUUUACCCAUAUUUAUUUACUGACUUAAUUUAUAGAGCUGCCCCAUAGCAGAAGGACUCUAGGAAGGCAGUGUGUUGUGGUGGUUAAGAGUGUCGGGACGAGGAUGUGGGAGAUGAGGGUUCGAAUCCCCACUCCAUCAUGAAGCUGCGACUGACCUUUGAGUCAGUCACAGCCUGUUCACCUACCUCACAGGGUCGUUGUAGAGAUUAACGGACGAGGGGGGGUGAACCAUGGGCUCCUUGGGAUAGAAAUGCAAGAAAUAAGCUCUUCUGCUAACCUGCUUAAGAAAGCCAGAGGGGCCAGCCAGGCGGAGAUGUCGGUCGCCAGCUGGUGCCCAGAGAUCUUUGCAGAGUCACACAUGAGGUGGGAUUUGAACCCUGUUCUCCCAGCUCCUACUCUGAUAUUUUCACCCCUCACUGCCUUCCUAGAGCACUUCUGCUGUGGGGCAGCUCUAUAAAUUAAGCAGGUAGAUAAAUACAAGGAAAGCAAAAUGUCCUUGAGAGAAGGAUCUGUAAUAUUUCCCUUGGAAGCUUGAACUGGCUUCAUUCUGCACUGGUGCCUGGCAGAUUUCCAGCACUGCUCCCUCCCAGCGACGUUGAGGUCUAGAACCUUAGGCUUGCACGCAAAAGCCGAUGGUUGGCAACUUCUGCAUUGUUGCCUUGGGAGGGUGGUUUAGUGUUUGAAGCCGCCUUGCCGAGAGGGAGGGCAAAACUCCUGUGGCCAGCAGACACUCACCCCUCUUCCUUCCUUCCUCCUCCCUGCCAGGUGACCCUGAUCCCCACCUUUGACUCCCUGGUGAUGCAUGAGUGGUACGCAGAGACGCUGGAGCGGCAGCAGGCGCUGGGUGUCACCGUCCUGGGCAGCAACAGCAUGGUGGCCAUGCAGGAUGAGACCUUCCCAGCCUGCAAAGUGGAGUUCUGAAGCCUCCCUCUCCCCCUUGGGGCACGUCUGUGGGGGGAAUGGGAGACGAGAGGGACCUCUGUGGGUACUGGGGGGGCAGGGGUAGAGAUUCCCCACCCCACACUAAGACACUUCCAAAGCCCCCCAGCAAACCUUACCCACACUGCUCUGUGUCUGGUCUGUUUGCAUGUUUCGCCCCUUCACCCCCCCCCCGAGCUUCUAACCCUGGUCAAGCGCAGAGAUUUAGGAUUUGGGGAGCUGUGGUGUUUUGCCAGCAGCCCCACCCCAAAAGGCCCAUGGCCAGGCAUUCUUGGGAUGGAGGGUCGGGUCUGCUCUGACAAGGGGCAGAGUUCAGGGGCCCCUCCUCAAAAAUCUGCCUGGAGGGUGGUCCAUUUACCUACAGGACCCUUUUUAAAAAGAAAAACUUUUUUUUUUAAAAGAGUGAAACAGGGUCUUUGGGGGCGGUGUGUGUCUCUGCUUAUUUUAAGUGGCAGCUCCGAUUCCCCAGUUUGGGGUCCUGGCAGGGAGCUGUUUAUUUCCACUGGGGGGGGGGUGCUUGGCUUUCUGAGGUUGCUCCCUGCAACAGCGCCCCCCUUCCCUUAAAAAUAUCCCAUCUCCUCCUUGGGGCCAACUCUCCAUCCUACCCUUUUAAAAUCUGGUUGGGCCCAUAGCUGAUGCUUCCUCUUGGGGGGUCCGGAGCCAAAAUUCCCCCUGGAAUUGAUCUCGAUCUCUCUCUCUCUUGGAGAUCCCCUUUCCCCUACCCCCCUCAAAACACACCCCCCCCAAUUUCUUCUACCUCUUUAUGUUGAAAGCCAGCAGUGUGUUGUGUUGCGUUUCAUCCCGAGGCCUGUCUUGUUCAUCUCGGGAUGCUUUAAUCCACAAAGACUACUCUGUAAAAUCCAGCCAAAGCACACCCCUUUCCAAAAAAUCUUCUCCCCCCCCCCCUAAAAAUACCACCUCCCUUUUUCUCACUCCCUUAAUGUUUGAAGGAGCACCAGGGUGGGGUGGCAGAACGUGCCCCUCUCCCCUUGCAAAAUGUGACACUAAACUUAUGUUUCUUUUUUUUUUAAGGAAGGAAAAGGUGCGGGUUCUCCACCCCCCUUUAAAUGUGCAUUUUUUCUAUAAAAAAGACAAAAAAGCAAACAAAAAACAACCAUAUACAAAACAGUUAAUGUAUUGAAAGUUUUUUUGUCCUCUUCCCCCCCCCAUAAUUUAUAGGAGCACUUUUACAUCUUCCUGGCUGGGCACAGCAGCAGGCGGGAGUCAAGGGGCGCAGCGUAGCAGAAGGAAACCCCCUUUUCCCCUCCCGUCCUCCUGCCCCCCAACCAGGACAGGCACUGUGUUCGAGUCCUGUGUGGUGUGUGUUUCGGACGGUCUUCACCAACCCUGCUGCCCCUGGUGGGGGGAUAUUUUGGGGCACUGAUGGGAGUUUUAUAGGGUCCCCCAAGACCCUGGGUUGGGGGCCACGGUUGCUUUAGAUGAAACGUGUUUUUUGUGGGGAGCGGGGUAAGUUGAGAAUGUUUUUCACCACCUUUAGUGCUUUAUACGUACAUAUAUAUCUAUAUAUGUAUAUAUAGAUAUCUCUGUUCUGCUUAGUUGGAAGCCCAUUGGGAAGAGCAGAAAGGUCAUGGGUCGGAAGAGGCAGCCAGCACCCGACCGGCCCCCCAAUUCUUAGGAGGGCACCACUCGGGGGGGGGGCUGAGCCCUUUUCUAUGCUCUUCACUCUCACCCUCACCUUUGUAGCUGUUGACACACUCCAAAGCCAUGCGACCCGCUCACGAGUUGCCGUGUCCAUCCACACCUGGAAUUGCAGAAGUGAAGAAAACAAAACACUGUGUUGGAACCUCUUGGGAAAAAGCAAAACCCUGAGGGUUAAAAGAGAUAAAAGGUGUUAGACUUCUUUCUGGC